GUUUUUUUAUUUGUUUUUGCGUAUAAAGAUAUUUCCUUGAUCUUUUUCCCUCCUCAGUUUGCUGUUUCAGAGUGUCUCUGACACACAGAAAAUAAGUGAACCUGUGAGAGAGACAGAGGAGAGGAGGGGUUGGGAUCACCUACCACUCCAACAGUGAGCACUGUACUCAGUUGCUCAAAAUAUAAGAAAAGCACCCUCCUUGGGGUUGAAAGAAGUCACCUUUGAGCUGCUCUUUGGGGCCUCUCAGAGAGCCAUUACAUGAAGAUUUUGGUUGUCUCUCUGGGUCUUGAAAAUGGCAUCCAAAACCCAAGUUGUAGUUGUUGAUGUUGAGCAAGGAGGUAGAGGUCGCCGGAGCUCCGGUCAUGGGUACUCGGAUUCCGGGUCAGAUGAGGAGGAGGAGCACAGGAGCUCAAGUGUGUCAGAAAGUAGUGAGGAGAUUGUGGAGAGGAAAUCUUGUGUCAGUGAUUCUUCAGAAGAUGAUGAGGAGGAGGUGGAUCUGGAAUGUGGAGGGGUGCCUGCUGAAGUGAAGAGCCACGUGGCAAAGGUGAAGAGGGACUGUAGGAUUUGUCAUCUGAGCAUGGAUGCAACCAAUCAUGAAUCUGGGAUUCCUAUGGAGUUGGGGUGUUCUUGUAAGGAGGAUUUGGCUGCUGCACAUAAGCAGUGUGCUGAGGCCUGGUUCAAAAUCAAGGGUAACAAGAUCUGUGAGAUAUGUUGCUCAACUGCCCGCAAUGUUGUUGGGGUGAAUGAAGCUGAUCUGGCAGAGCAGUGGAAUGAAGCAAAUGAUACUGCAAUGCCACCAGCACCAGUUGCCACUACACAGCCAGCAGAGAACCGAAACUUCUGGCAGGGUCAUCGGUUCCUCAACUUCUUGCUAGCUUGUAUGGUCUUUGCGUUUGUCAUCUCUUGGCUCUUUCACUUCAACGUGCCCUCGUAAGAAGAAUAUCUACAGCGAUGAUAGAGAGGUAACAAACAAGCACCUUACUAGCUCUGGAGUAAGCUUCUUCUCGGCCUUCUAUGUUGUUUGUAUAUUAGUAGAGCCUAGCUUCAGCAGGUUGUUGUAAUUUAUGUUCCAUUGUUCAUUUGAUUGGAACUCCAUUAGCACCAGUAGGUUGUUGUACUAUCUUAACUUUGGAUGCUUUACUUUGCGCAGAUUGGAUGGACAAUCACCUUAUAUAUGUAAGAUUUGCGGCAUUUACAGGGUAUUGCCAUUAUUUCUCACAUUUGAGCAUUUGUAUUA